CCCAUGGCAGAGUACUCAGACUCGCACUUUGCCUUGGGCGCACAUGGAGGCGCCGAACUCGACCCGCGAAUCCAUGCCGCCGCCCCACACCAGGCCUACUCGUCCGGUGCACCGCCGCCGGCUGCCUCGCCGUCGCAGGCGAGCCACUCGUAUUAUGCUCCGGGCGCUGACGAGCCAUAUGCUGCAUACCGCCCAAGGCCAUCGCGGGGGCCGGCGCAUGUUCCUGAUGCCAAUCAAGAUCCCUACGCCAACGGCCAUAGCCGCGGCCUGCGCAUGCCGUACGGCCGCGGCGUCGACUCGUCCUCGGCCUCGGCCCAGCUCGCCUCCGGCACCGAUCCGCAGCACGAGUACGAGCACUACGCCAAGACCUCGGGCGCCGCCACCCGCCGCAUCUUUGACCCGCGCUCGGAUCGCGACCGCAUGCGUGAGAUGCAGCGGUUCCAGGCCGCAACCUCGGUCAACAACAAGCGCUACAACCCGGUGCUCCAGCGGUACGCCGACGACAGCGAGGAGCGCGCCGCCCGUGACGCCGAGUCCCGCCGCCGCUCGGCCCAGCUCCAGCGCCACGCGCGCGCCCCGCAGGCCGAGCUCGGCUCGGUUCGCGACCUCCAUGUCGGCAAGCUGAAGAACCCGCCUCGCCGCCGCGGCGCAGGCGCCGUCGGCCCGCCGCCAGACUCGGACAUCUUCAACCCGAAUCCUCUCCCGUACCGCCCGGGCAAGCGCCACUCGGAAAUCGACUACACCCGCGAGACCGAAGAGUGGUGGAACCUGAAGCGCGAUCCGCCGCCGCCGCCGCCUCGCCGCCCGCCCAACCCGUACUCGCGCGAGGCCAAGGAGCUGCUCGAGAAGAACCAGGGGACAAACAUGACCGACAUUCUCCAGCCUGAUCGCCACAAGACCAAGGCCAACAUGCUCCGCUCGCCCUCGCCCACCCACCACCGCGCCCCGCGCCGCUCACGUUCGCCAGGCUACUCGCUCGAGGGCGUCCACCCAGACCCAGCGAGCUCGUACACCUCGGACCUCCUCCGCCACGAGGCCCACAUUCCCUCUGCGCCCGAGGCCGCGCCUUCCGUCUCCAAUCUCUCAAACAUCGGCCUCGACCACACCUCGGAGCGCCGCCAACCGUCCAAGCGCGUCUUUGCCGACAACGUCCACCAUCGUACCUCGUACAACAUUGUCUCCGGCCACUCUUACGACGGCUCCGAUGGCCGCCCCAGGCUCUCCCGUCGCCCGCUCAAGCCCGAGAUGCAGGCCGGCAAGGGCGUCGCCAAGACCCUCGUCUACCGCGGGCCCGGCGAUCCCGGAUCCGACCCCGCCACAAACAACGGCGCCGGCUACUCGCUCACAGGCUCCAAGCGCCGCGGCUUUGCCCCGCACAUCUACGGUGAGACCGGGGCCGACAACUGGAAAGAGACCAAUCCCAAGUUUACCUUUAAGCGUUAUUAGUUCAUCUACCAUAACACCCUUGCUUGCCGA